CCGCGGUGACCUAACGGCUCCCGGAGCCGCGGCUUGAAGCAAGACAGCCGGUGCUUGUGGGAGGUUGCUGCGCCCAGCCCCGCGUGGAGGAGGUGUGGGGCCUCGACGGCCGGCUGCUUGGAGCGUCCGCCAUGAGGAGAAGUGAGGUGCUGGCAGAGGAGUCGAUAGUAUGUCUCCAGAAAGCUCUGAAUCACCUUCGAGAAAUCUGGGAAUUAAUUGGGAUUCCAGAGGACCAGCGGUUACAAAGAACUGAGGUUGUAAAGAAGCAUAUCAAGGACCUCCUGGAUAUGAUGAUUGCUGAAGAGGAAAGCCUGAAAGAAAGGCUCAUCAAAAGCAUUUCCAUCUGUCAGAAAGAGCUGAAUACCCUGUGCAGCGAAUUACACGUCGAGCCAUUUCAGGAAGAAGGAGAGACGACCAUCUUGCAGCUAGAAAAGGAUUUGCGCACUCAGGUAGAACUGAUGCGAAAACAGAAAAAGGAACGAAAACAGGAACUGAAACUACUUCAAGAACAAGAUCAAGAGCUGUGUGAAAUUCUUUGCAUGCCCCACUAUGACAUCGACAGCACCUCAGUUCCCAGCUUAGAAGAGCUGAGCCAAUUUAGACAGCACGUGGCCACGAUGAGGGAAACAAAGGCAUCUAGACGUGAGGAGUUUGUCAACAUAAAGAGACAGAUCAUCCUGUGUAUGGAGGAAUUAGAUCACACCCCAGACACAAGCUUUGAAAGAGAUGUGGUGUGUGAAGAUGAAGACGCCUUUUGUUUAUCUCUGGAGAAUAUUGCAACACUACAAAAGUUGCUUCGGCAGCUGGAAAUGCGAAAAUCACAAAAUGAAGCAGUGUGUGAGGGUCUGCGAGCUCAGAUCCGAGAGCUCUGGGACAGGUUGCAGAUACCUGCAGAAGAGAGAGAAGCUGUGGCCACGGUUAUGACUGGGUCAAAGGCCAAGGUCAGGAAAGCGCUGCAAUUGGAAGUGGAUCGGUUGGAAGAACUGAAGAUGCAAAACAUGAAGAAAGUGAUUGAGGCAAUUCGAGUGGAGCUGGCUCAGUAUUGGGACCAGUGUUUCUACAGCCAGGAGCAGAGACAGGCUUUUGCCCCCUACUAUGCUGAGGACUACACGGAAAAUCUGCUCCAGCUCCAUGAUGCUGAGAUUGUGCGGUUAAGAAACUACUAUGAGGUUCACAAAGAACUCUUUGAAGGUGUCCAGAAGUGGGAAGAAAGCUGGAGACUUUUCUUGGAGUUUGAGAGAAAAGCUUCAGAUCCAAGUCGAUUUACAAACCGUGGAGGAAAUCUUCUAAAAGAAGAAAAGCAACGAGCCAAGCUUCAAAAAACACUCCCCAAGUUGGAAGAGGAGUUGAAGGCACAGAUUGAAAUGUGGGAACAGGAGCAUUCGAAGGCAUUUGUGGUGAAUGGGCAGAAGUUCAUGGAGUACGUGAUGGAGCAAUGGGAGAUGCAUCGACUGGAGAAGGAGCGAGCCAAGCAAGAAAGACAACUCAAGAACAAGAAGCAGACAGAGACAGAGAUGCUCUAUGGCAGUGCUCCCCGAACCCCCAACAAGCGGCGAGGACUGGCACCCAACACACCGGGCAAAGUGCGCAAGCUGAACACUACCACCAUGUCCAAUGCUACGGCCAACAGCAGCAUUCGGCCGGUCUUCGGGGGGACAGUCUACCGUUCGCCUGUGUCUCGACUUCCACCUUCUGGCAGCAAGCCAGUCAUCACUUCCACUUGUUCGGGGAAAAAAACACCCCGUGCUGGGAGGCAUGGAGCCAACAAGGAGAACCUGGAGCUCAAUGGCAGCAUCCUGAGCGGUGGGUACCCCGCCUCGGCCCCCCUCCAGCGCAACUUCAGCAUUAAUUCUGUUGCCAGCACCUAUUCUGAGUUUGCGAAGGAUCCGUCCCUCUCUGACAGCUCCACUGUCGGGCUUCAGCGAGAACUUUCAAAGGCUUCCAGAUCUGACGCUACUUCUCGAAUCCUCAAUUCGACCAACAUCCAGUCCUGAGAAGCCCUGAUCAGUCAGCUGCUGUGGCUUCCUGUGCUUAGACUAGAUCUGAUUAGACAGGGGUGAUUUUUCUUGAGUUUAGGUGUGCUUGAAAAUCUGGUUCCACUGCCACGGGCCUAACGACAGAUGUGAAUGAGAGUUACAGAUGAAGAUCCAUCAGAGGUUUAGUGGGUCUUCAAAAACUUGAUUUUGUUUUGACCCAAGAAAUACAUUAAAACUUAGUUCAUAGUGGUAAGUGCAAAUUUUAGCAGAUGGAACCUGAUUUCUUUGCCCCGUAAUUCUACUUGCUGAAGCACGAGCAAGGGCUUGUAUCUCACCAUUGUGUAGCAAAAAUGAUUGUGCCCAUCCUGGGAGCAUGGGACAUGAAGUGAGAUUGGCCUGUACCCUUAGAAUUAGUAAUUAACAUCUUUUUUGCUUAGGGAUGUUCCAUUAAUGCUAUAGCUGUGAUAGCUUUGCUCUCACCUAAAGAUCUGUCUCCACCACACAGGAUAGCCUUCCUCCUGAUGAGGGUGUCUGUGUGUCAAAGUUGAGACGGCCUGACCUACUGCCAAAGAGGUGACAGGGAGGCUGGGAGCUCCUUUGUUUUGGUUAUAUAGUGCAAUGCCCUUUGUGGGGUAUGUGUGUCCGAACACACACGCUCACCUGAACGCUGUUUCUGUAGUCUUCUCUGGGUCGAGGCCCCCAGCCCUGUGCCCACUGGGCCGGAGUUCGUCUGCCCCCUGCAGUUGGCAGCCACGGUGGGAGGCGGUCGGGACGGGUUGGGCCAUUUCUGUCCCGGAGAUCUGGAACUUUGCACAUGUCAGUACUGGGGAGUUCCUCACCUACCCUGCCGAUCACUACUGCUCUCCCCGAAGCCCUAUUUAUUCUCACUCUGCCUGCCCGUCAGCACGUUCAAUGGUUCUCGAAAGCUCGCGGCAUGGGUUUGGUCUGUGUCAGCCAUGCUGCUUAGACGCAUACAUGUCCUGUUUUUAAAAAUAUAAAUAUAUUCUUGAAAAUAAAUUAAUGCGUAUACUGACGUUUCAAAAAGAUACAUGGUGGUGGUUUUUCUUUUUUCCCCCAAAUCACUUUUUGGUCAGUUUGGUCUGUGGAAAACAGAAAAGACUAAAAACAUACAAGAAAUUUUUAGUCAGGAGUGUGAUUUUUAUAUUCUUUUAUGCACUUAUUUCUAAAUUUAAAAUAUUUUUUAUUUUGAGGAAAAAUCCAACUCCUGAUAUAUAAAGGGGCUGAAGUCCUAUUAGGAAAUUUAUGGCUACAUUGUUGUCUGCCCUUAACAGGAUUAACUUUUACAGGGUGAGGUUGCCUGGCCCUUUGGUUUUUUAACAGCCUUUGAUUAGAAAAUACACGUUGGAAGUGUAUACUUGGAUAAAUUUUGAUGUAUAUGUACACCUGUGAGACCAUCGCCCCAAUCAAGUCCUGUUAUCCUAGGUUUUGCAAAAAUCUUCUCCCAGUCUGUGGCUUCUCUUCUCCUCCUUUUAACAGUGUUUCUGAACAACAGAGGGUUAACUUUGAUAAAGUCCCGUUUCUCUUUAGAUUGUGCGUUUGUUCUAAGAAAUCAUUACCUAAUCCAAGAGGUAACAGUUUUCUAGAAGUUUAAAAUUUCAGGUUUUGCAUUUAUGUCUGUGAUCCGUUUGGGCUCUGUGUAUUUAUGUGUAUGGCUCCAAGUCUGACUUCAAGUGAGUGCAUUUUCUUUGCAUACAGAUAUCAAGUUGUCUAGCAACGUUAGUUGAAAGGCUGUCCUUUCUCCACUGCACUGCCUUUGUACCACUGUCGAAAAUCAGCUGUAUCCAUUGGUCCUAAUGCCCAUACUCUAUGGUCUUGAUUACUGAAGAUUUAAUAUUCUUGAAACGAGUGUUAGCUUUCUAAUUUUAUUUUUUCAUUUCUGGCACUUAAGUAGGCUCCACACCCCACGUGGGACUUGCACUCAUGACUGGGAUCAAGAGUCGCAUGCUCUACCUGCUGAGCCAGCCAGACGCUUAUACCUUUAAAAGUCACUUUGGCUGUUCUAGGUCCUUUGCAUUUUCAUAUGAAUUUCAGAAUUAGCUUGUCAGUUUCUACAAAAAAUCGAGGAUUAUUGAAUCUAUAGAAGAAUUUAGGGAGAACUGACAUCUCCAUUUUAGAUGUUCUCUCACCGAUAUUUUAUAGGUCACAUAUACAGAUCUUUCACAUCUUUGUCAGAUUUAUUCCUAAGUAUUUCAUAUUUCUUGAUGCUACUGUGAUAUUCUUAAAUUACAAUUCCUGGUUGUUGCCUGCCUCUAGGAAUACAGUUGAUUUCUGUAUAUUGCUCUUGUAUUCUGCUUGCUAAACUCACUUAUUAAAAGAAAAAUG